AUCGAUUUGGCGGCUCGUAUGUUACCAGUAAUUGCUGCCCUUCAACUAUUCGACGGAACAUCAGGUGUAUGUGCUGGAGCUAUACGUGGAGCGGGUUUGCAGCUGGUCAGUGCAGCCAUAUGCAUUUGUUGCCUGUAUCUUUUGGCAGCGCCUAUCGAGUUGGUCCUUGUGUUUGUGUUGGGGUACCAAUUGGAAGGUAUUUGGAUCGGUUUUGCUGUAGGAGCUGUAUCGCAAGCGGUGGCUUAUUGUAUCGCUAGCAACUGCGUGGAUUGGAAGAAACAAGUUGAGCUGGCACAUGAGAGAACAAGAGACGUUUCUGUGUCAGGGCUCGAUGACAUUUCGCUGAAUGGCUGCGGCUCGAGUGCUUACCAAGCCGAUGGUUAUGACAAUGGCAAGCUUAUCGCAAUUUUGACAUGA